CGGCGUCGGAGUCUCAAUCGCUUCCUGGAGCUCUGACUAGGUCAAGAGUCAUGUGACAGUGGCUUGCUGAAGCCCCAGUCUUUGAAGCUGUCCCUGAAGUGACAGCAGAGAGAAGCGGGCAGACAGAAAUCCAGGCGUGGAGAUUGAUCCUGUGGGAGAAAGGGGUUCAUCAUGGCAGAUGACCUAAAGCGAUUCCUGUAUAAAAAGUUACCAAGUGUUGAAGGACUCCAUGCUAUUGUUGUGUCUGAUAGAGAUGGAUUACCUGUUAUUAAAGUAGCCAAUGAUAAUGCUCCAGAACAUGCUUUGAGACCUGGUUUCUUAUCUACUUUUGCCCUUGCAACAGACCAAGGAAGCAAACUUGGACUUUCAAAAAAUAAAAGUAUCAUCUGUUACUAUAACACCUACCAGGUGGUUCAAUUUAAGCGGUUACCUCUGGUGGUAAGUUUCAUAGCCAGCAGCAAUGCCAAUACAGGACUAAUUGUCAGCCUAGAAAAGGAACUUGCUCCAUUAUUUGAAGAAUUGAGACAAGUUGUGGAAGUUUCUUAAUCUGACAGUGGUUUCAAUGUGUACCUUAUGUUCAUUAUAGCAACAUAAUAUCAAUCCAACAGUCUUUAGAUCAUAGUAAUACUUCCAUCCAUGUGCUCCAGAAAGGGCCCUCUUUUCCACCUUAUACUAAAGAAAGAGCUUAAAAAUAUAAUUUAUAGACAGAUUGAUUGUUAUAUUUUCUUGUAUAGGGUCUUUUCUUAUUUAGUGAGAUCUGAGGAUAUCACAAAAAUGGUUUAGUCUAUCACAGCUCCCAUGGAGUUACAGUCACCAGAUAGGAAUGAGAUUCUAUUCAGUGGGUCAGAAUCAAAAUGGUGCAUUGAUCCACUUGAGCCAUUAAGUGUUCCCUACUGUACAGUUUGCCCACCCCUGCAGAAUGAAGCAGAUUCUUUUUAUUGUGAAUAAUUAUAAGGACAUAUUUUUCUUCAGAUUAUGUUUUAUUUCUUUGCAUUGAGUAUGAGGAAAAUGAAAUGGCUUAGUAAAGGUAAUAAAAUCAGU